UCUCCUCCUCUGCCCCUGCCCCUGCCCCUGCCCGUCCAUUCAGGUUCCGUCCUUUUCCUCUCGCUUCGACUACCUGUCACUGCCCGCUUUCACUCUCUCUCUGUUUUCCAAACCAAAUACAGUCCCACCGCCAGCAGAUCGAUCAGAUCUGAGGCCGCAAGCCUCGAAAACCCUAUCUUCAAGUACGAUCUCGGAUACAUGGCGGCAGUGGAAGCACAGAAUCCUCUUGUUGGAGAUACUACUUGUGGUUCUCUGCUGCAGCAAUUGCAGCAAAUUUGGGAUGAGGUUGGUGAGAGUGAUGAGGAACGGGACAAGAUGCUUCUUCAGUUAGAGCAAGAGUGUUUGGAUGUCUACAAGAGGAAGGUUGACCUGGCUGCAAGGUCCCGGGCACAACUUCUUCAGGCACUCGCAGAUGCCAAAGUUGAACUCUCCGGUCUUCUAUCUGCUCUUGGGGAGAAAACUUUUGUUGGAAUUCCUGAGAAGGCUUCAGGAACAAUAAAUGAACAACUUGCAGCUAUUGCACCGGUUCUGGAACAGCUAUGGAAACAGAAAGAGGAGAGAAUAAAGGAGUUUUAUGACGUACAAUCACAGAUACAGAAGAUAUGUGGAGAGAUUGUGGGGACUAGUGAGCAGGCGGGGAGUCCUGUAGUUGAUGAGGCUGACCUGUCGCUGAAGAAGUUGGAUGAGUUUCAAUCUCAGCUCCAAGAACUGCUCAAGGAAAAGAGUGAUAGGUUGCACAAGGUACUUGAGUUUGUAAGUACCGUGCAUGAUCUUUGUGCUGUCCUUGGGAUGGACUUCUUCAGUACAGUAACAGAAGUUCAUCCUAGCUUAAAUGACUCGACUGGCAUGCAAUAUAAAAGCAUUAGCAAUGAUACCCUAUCUAGGCUGGCUAAGACGGUCUCAGCUCUUAAAGAAGAUAAGAAGCAGAGGUUGCAAAAGCUUCAAGAAUUAGCAACUCAGCUAAUUGAUCUUUGGAAUUUAAUGGAUACCCCUGAAGAAGAACGGAGUUUGUUUGAUCAUGUUACCUGUAACAUAUCAGCUUCAGUAGAUGAAGUGACCGUCCCUGGAGCUCUUGCCUUGGAUUUGAUAGAGCAGGCUGAGGUGGAAGUUGAAAGGCUAGAUCAGUUAAAGGCUAGCAGGAUGAAGGAAAUUGCUUUCAAAAAGCAAGCGGAACUUGAGGAGAUCUUUGCACUUGCCCAUAUUGAAAUUGAUUCACAGGCUGCCCGAGAAAAGAUUAUGGAUAUGAUUGACUCUGGAAGUGUCGAGCCAUCAGAGUUACUUGCUGACAUGGAUAACCAGAUAGUAAAGGCAAAGGAAGAGGCUCUUAGCAGGAAAGAAAUAUUGGAUAAGGUUGAGAAAUGGAUGUCAGCUUGUGAAGAAGAGAGUUGGCUUGAAGACUAUAAUAGGGAUGAAAACCGGUACAAUGCAAGUAGAGGUGCACACUUGAAUCUCAAGCGGGCUGAAAAAGCUCGUAUUCUUGUCAACAAAAUUCCAGCUCUUGUGGACACGUUGGUUGCAAAAACUCGGGCAUGGGAAGAGGAUCAUGGUGAAUCAUUUGCAUAUGAUGGUGUUCCUCUUCUGGCGAUGCUGGAUGAAUACGCCAUGCUAAGGCAAGAAAGAGAAGAAGAGAAGCGAAGGCUAAGGGAUCAGAAAAAGUUCCAUGAACAGCUAAACACGGAACAAGAAGCCAUCUUCGGUGCAAGGCCGAGCCCCGGGCGACCAAGUCUUGGUUCGAAAAAGGUGGUGGGACCACGCACAAAUGGGGGUGCUAAUGGAACACCUAGACGCUUGUCGCUUCAAAGCGGGACGAGGUCCAUAAACAAGGACGGGAAGAGGGACAACACCAGGCCGGUUGCUCCCGUGAACUACGUCGCCAUAUCGAAAGAAGAUUCGGCCUCCCAUGUGUCUGGCUCGGACGCAGUUCCAACUUCGCCCUAACCCAUGAAGAAUAAGAAAGAGAGAGAGAGAGAGAGAGAGAGAGAGAUGUGUAGGUUAAUAGUGUUGUGAUUUUGGUGCUGGUUUCUUUAGUUGGUUUUAGCCAUGCAAGGGAUACUUGUUUGAACAGACAGUGAGUGAGUAGUGGCGUAGUGGAUGAUGAUGGAUGCGUGGUAGAGACAGCGACGACUGGUUGCUAUAAUUGUAUUCAUCAGAUUCAGAA